CAGGCCUUCUCUGCAGCCGGCCUAGUGGUGGUCGGACGGUCGGUUUUUGCUUUUCCUGGACGGGAGCAGCUUAUAUUUUUCCCCCCUCUGCCAAAACAAGAAAAUUUCGGUUCAUUGCGACCAUGUUUUAUCAUAUUUCUUUGGAACACGAGAUCCUGCUGCAUCCUCGAUAUUUUGGUCCUAACCUGCUCAACACGGUCAAGCAGAAGCUCUUCACCGAGGUCGAGGGAACCUGCACUGGAAAGUAUGGUUUUGUGAUUGCCGUCACCACCAUAGACAACAUUGGAGCGGGAGUCAUUCAGCCAGGGCGGGGGUUUGUACUCUACCCUGUCAAGUACAAGGCCAUAGUCUUCCGGCCGUUUAAAGGGGAGGUGGUCGAUGCUGUGGUCACUCAGGUCAACAAGGUUGGACUUUUCACAGAAAUCGGGCCCAUGUCCUGCUUCAUCUCCAGACAUUCAAUUCCAUCCGAAAUGGAGUUUGAUCCCAAUUCCAACCCUCCGUGUUACAAGACCAGUGACGAGGACAUCGUUAUCCAACAGGAUGAUGAAAUUCGACUGAAGGUCGUAGGAACCAGAGUAGAUAAAAACGACAUAUUUGCCAUUGGCUCGCUGAUGGAUGACUACUUGGGACUUGUGAGCUAAAGUGGCCGGUGACCCUCCAAAGCUGGUGUGGGGGUCGGCGGUGGGGGCGGGCAGACACCACCCGAAGAUCACCCCUUCCCUCCCUGAUGCAAUACCCCCGUCCCCGCCUCUCAAAACCCGUUCGACAUCGCUGGGAUUGAAGCGACGCCGGCGAGACGAUGGCAUGGUUUGGUGUCGCAGGAUGCACUUGCAGCAGGAACCUCCUGCCCUUCUGAACGGAUCAGCUCCCAAGCUGAGUUCGACACAGUGAUCUGGCUCUCCUUUGGCAGCAGGCACUUGCCCGUACUGUCUCAUUUCUCUCCACACCCCCCCCCAACACACAUACACACACACACACACUCAUCUCUCUUUUGAUAGUGACUUGGCAGAACGACAAAAAUGACACCUACAGUAAAAGCAAAACGCUGCAGAUGCUGGAAACCUGAAGUAAAAGCAGAAAAUGCUGGGAAAAUGCGGCAGAUCUGUGGAGAGAGAAAGAGAGCUGAUGUUUUAAGCCUGUGUGACUUCUUCAGAGCGAGACAUUCUACUGCAGAAGGAGCAGCAGCUCUGAAGAAGAGUCAUACGGACUCGAAGCGUAAGCUCUUGUCUCUCUCUCUCUCUCUCUCUCUCCACAGACACUGCCAGGCCUGCUGAGUUUUUCCAGCAUUUCCUGUCUUUAUUAGAAACGACCCCUAGACCUGCCUGAUUUACCGCCCCGUUGUGACUUCACACGCGUUACAGCGACACUCGUUCCGCAUCUCGGCGCACUGGACCCCAAGCCAGGGGUGCAAAACCUGCCCUCUGCUUCAGACCCAGCAGCGCACGGCAAGGACAUUCCAGCCACCCCCCUCUUCCAGUGCCCCAACGGCAGCAUCCAGUCAAUCGCUGUUUGAGCCCAGGACCUGUAGAAUUUACCGUGGCGAGCGGCAGCUGGUUUUUCUGCCCGGCUGCCCGGACACACCCCAGUUUCGGCAAGAAUUGCAACGACUUCUGCUCGUCGGCACAUCCGGGAUGUAGGGUGAAGUCUGACGUCAUGUUCCUGAAUACAGGAGAUUUGUGAUCCCCAUGUGUGAAAAAAUAUUCUACAUCUGUCCUUCCUGUGACUGAAUAUUUUGUAUUUUAUUUUUCUUGUUUUGUAUGUAAUCAUGUGACAAGGUAAUCCAAUAAAAGAAAUAUCGGUUAAUCCGGAAA